GCUGCUGUCUUUAUGAGUCGGGCGGCGCGACCGGUGGCCGGUUCUCCCGCGAUUAAUUCUGAUAAAUACCGAGCCGCACGCAGGAAUACUGAUUUGCGUUGCGACCAGCACACAGCGGCGUGUUGUGCAUGCAGGCCUUGGCUCUGCAGCCCAGAUUAUUGUGCUGCUCAGCCAGCGCGAAGCAGCGAGUACGACAGGUGCGCGGCCUACACGCGUACUCGCAAACGCAACGACUGCGCGCUGCGAGCGUCCUUGCGCCGCGCGCUACUUGCCUCGCACACUGCUGUGGGCCUGCCACUCACUGGACAUCCACUGCACAGCAUCUCUACGCAGUACGCGCGCGCACGCCCGCAGUCAUCCUCGAACAACCAUGUUCGCGCGCGUCGCGGCACGCGUGAGCCGUGCGUGCGCCAUGAAUGACUCGCUCGUCGCGUCCGGCGCCGUCGACACGAAACUGAUGUGGCAAAUACCAAGACUUGCGCUGGCGCUGCAGUGCUCGAUCCCGCCGCUCGACGCGCCACGGUUCAAAGACUUUGACUACGCCGAAUUUGUCGAAGGUGCCGCGCACGCCUAUGCCGUUUUGAACGAGGUCGUCUAUCGGAAGCAGACUGAGGACGACGCCGAACUGCUCUCGAAGACGUGCACGCCUCAAAUAGCGCGCGUGCUCGCGCAUACGGCGAACGAGCUCCACGCUGGCGACGCGCCGAUGACGCUCGAGGCCUCGACCCUCGCACGGAGGAGUCUCCACGCUUGUGUUGCGGACGUUUUUGCGUCAGAGAGGGAGCGCGACUUGGAGCACACGCUACGAGGCUACGACGACGAGCUCCACGCCCUCGACGCGACGGAGCGGGAGAAGCGGAUCGGCGACAUCGCCACCGAGCUCUUCGAGCUGCGCAAAGCGCGCGAGGAGAGUCCAAGCUCGGAGGAGGAGGUCGUGUCGGCGGAGUUCGACGUAUUGUUCGAGAGCCACGAGAAGAUGGCGAUCGACAUCGCGGGCCAGAGCCUCGUGGUCGAGAAGAAGCAGCUCUCGACGUGGCGCUUCCUGUCGCCCCUCGACGAGCCCGAGUGGCGGGUCUGCAAGAUAUUCUAACUGUGUAACACAUCACUUAUGUACGCCACCGAUCGAU